UCGAUGCCGCACUCCAUUUACACCCUCCCCAAAGUCGACCCAAAAGAGGCCACAUUCCGGGAAUACUCUCAGAGGCUGAGAGCCCUACGACUCAAAAGCCUGCAAGCAGACCCAGGUAGCUGGAUAUCAGCUUAUGAGAGCGAGGUCAAUCAACCUCCCGAGUUUUGGUGGAAUAGACUCAAAGAAACCCGAGCAAUUCACCAUGUCCUUGUCAAGGAUGAUUCUGAAAAAGUCCCUUGCGACAUACAUUCGAAACUGCUGGCGGGAGAAUGGCUUGGUUUCGUCGUGAUGAUCAUUCCCAGUGCAGAAGAUAAGACCCUUGAGUAUGAGAUGAGUGCACUUUAUAUCGAUGCACAAGCACGUGGUCUUGGGUUAGGAAAGCGUAUGGUACAAAAGGUGAUAGACACGGUCAGACAGCACGACGCGAAGGUCGGCGAGGGAUCACCUUUCUGUGUAGCCAAUGUCAGACAUGGCAAUGAUUCAGCGCUCAGCCUAUAUCAGCAUUUGGGGUUCCUAGUAAUCGAUGCCGACCAGAUCGUGGAAAAAGAAGGCAAAAAAUACCACACCACUGAAAUGAGGUUUGAUGUU